AUGCCCAAGAAGAAAGUUAUUAAAGCGAAAAAGGCAAAAGCCGGUAAAGGGAAAAAGGAUGGUAAGCAGGACUCUAAAGUUGACCGAGAGUCGGACCUGGAGAAGGCCCGCUCCAACGCGGCUCUGUGGGAAGUGAGGCUGCAGGUGACGGAGCAGUCCCUGGCGCAGUACAGAGAGUCCUGCAGAAAGCUGGCCCGGGUCAAUGAACAACUAACCAACGACUUAUAUCGUGUGGAGAAGGACAGCGUGGACACCACUUGGUUCUUCAACAAGCAAGAUGCAUCCAAGGAGGAGAAGAUUCGUUCGCUGCAGGAAACCCUAAAAAACCAGACAGCACAAGCACGUGACCGGGAGAAGCAGCUGAUUUCAGAAUACACACAACAACUGAAUGAGAUGAAGGAACUGUUCAAAAAACGGUCAAAGGACUUCAACAUGAUUGAAGAGGGGAUGAGAAGAAUUCAAGCAUUUGAGAUCCAGAAAGCACAAAUGGAACAAGAGGUUGCUGAUAUUCGAGAAAGCAUGGAGAAGGCCGAUAAGAGACACAAGGAAGACCGCAACAAAAUGGAGUAUGAUUUUUUUAAAGAAAAGGCUCGAUUGGAAGAGGAAGCGGAGAAAACCAUCGCUCUGGUGGUGCAGAGGGCCCACAGUGAGGCGGUUGUACAGCUGGACGAUGCCUCUCGAUCAGUCUUUAGAGAAAACGUACGUUUGAAUGAAGCUCUAAAGCUUCACAUGAGGGAAACUGAAGAACUGCAGAAACAAACCAGGUCUCUGACCAAGCAAAACAACACUCUAUUUCUGGACAAGAAGACAUACGAGGGUAUAAUGAAGAAGAACGCCGCCCAGAUCUCUGUUCAACAAGAAGAGGUGUCAAGGCUCCAGUUCAAAGUUGAGUCACUGGAGGAGGCACUGAAGCAAAUGGAAUUCCAAUUGAAGCAGGAAGAAGAGAAGCAAAAGCAAAUGUUGGUGUCUGCUGAAGCUGGCCAGGUGGAGCUGGACAAGCUGCAGAAGGUACUUAGCAUGCGUGAUAAGGAGCUGGCCCACCUCAAAAGUCUGGCAGCAGUGAUUGUGGAGCAGAGGACAGAGCUGGAGAGGUUCUUUCACGAAGCACUGGCAGAGGUCAAGCAGGAGGUCAUGGUCAGUAAGUCCAAAUAUAAGAAGGAAGCACUACAGACUUAUCGCUGGACACUCAAGGAAGCCAAUGGGGGGAAAAUUAAGUUUCCACCCAUUCGCAAUUUUCACAAAAUCCCUCACAGCACCAACUCUGUCUAUUCAGACAUGGAAGCAGCUGCAAAGUGGACUCACCAGGCUGGCAGUAAAGUAGAAAUCUCCGAUCUUACCUGGGAGCAAAAAGAACACGUCUUGAGGCAUCUUUUUGCAAAAAUGAAUGGACAGGCUGAAAGGUAAUGAGAAAACAGUGUUGUUUGUCUUUUUGCUAGAGCACAAGUCAUCCAAUGACUUCACAGGCGACAAUGCUGUGUAAACCACUUUGAGAUCAUUUAUCUUUGAAAAACCAAAUGCUGUGAUGCCACAGAAUAGCUCCCGUUGAACU